AUGGGCUCACCAGUUGGCCCGUUCCUCGCAAAUGUCUUUAUGCGCAAGGUCGAGAAAAAGAGUCUAAGGGACACCAUCAAUGAUCUUGCACUUUACGGUCGAUUUGUGGAUGACGUCUUCUGUUUGACCAGCUUUUACGCGGAGACUGACGCUCUGGUCUCGAAGUUUAACAACGCGCAUCCAUCUCUCCAAUUUACUGCAGGGAUGGAGGAAGACGAUGAAAUUGCGUUUCCUGAUGUCCUUCUGCGAAAGCAAGAUGAUGGAUCCAUCCUGCGUAGGGUCUUCCGAAAGAAACCCUGGACGGGACAGAACACCAACCUUCACAGUUUUGUCCCCCUAAAUAUAAAACAAAAAUCUAGUUCAGAAAUUAGCAGCUAG